GGAUGUACAGGAUGUACGGGAUGUAGGGGAUGUACGGAUGUAGGGGAUGUACGGGAUGUAGGGGAUGUAUGGGAUGUACGGGAUGUAUGGGAUGUACAGUAUGUAUCAGAUUCCCUACUUUACUCUGCAGAUUGGACAUACUGUAUAGUGCCAACCAGGGGCGGACUGACAACUCAUGGGGCCCCGGGCAAUAGGGGAUCAUGGGGCCCCUGUGUCCUUGCCCAAACUCAAAAAAGCCUAU